AUGGCUCAGGUAGGUAAAUUAGGUAAAUUGUCUUGUCAAAUCCUUCCGACAUUCCAAGUUCUUCCUUCCGACAUUCCAAGUUCUUCCUUCCGACAUUCCGAGUCCUUCCUUCCGACAUUCCAAGUUCUUCCUUCCGACAUUCCAAGUCCUUCCUUCCAACUGGAAAAAAAUUUCCCGACAACUGGAAAAAAAUUUCCUGACAACUGGAAAAAAAUUUCCUGUUGUUCGUCCGUAAACCAUUCAAAUUUUCGAAAAUUGAGAACUUUUUGGUCGAACGACAGAAAAAGUUUUUCCUUCCAACAGGAAAAGUUCUUCCUUCCGACAGGACACAAACGGAUGACUGACGUUCCUCUUCCUGAAUGCCUUCCAAAGCCAGAAGAACCGACAGCCCCAGCACCACAACAGACUUACUAA